GGUGUCCCUAGUUGGCACCGCGGUUUGGGGCAGAUAUCAGAUGGGUUCGGAAUGUUUCGUGGGGGUAAACUAUUGUUUUGGGAAAGGUGUGCGAUGGGGGAUGGGUUGGUAAGAGGAUGGCACCAUCACAAACUUUAAACACCUCACCGGUUUGCGACUUCCGAGCCCCACAUGCCUUUGUGGCUACUUUCUCCUCGGCAUAUGAUCGAAAACUUUUUACAGUGCACGAUCAAAUAUUUUUAUGUACCGUCAAUUGUAAGAAUUUACGUGAGCUAAACGAUUAAAAUAAUUGUAAGUUUCAGAGACAAAUAUUUUGGCCAUCUAUCACAUUGGUGAGAAGUGGUUAAAUAGAUGUCUUGUCUACCGACUUGAAACACCCCUGUUCUGUGCCGCCCUGGUUCCGUCUGGCUCGCCCUCAGCUGCUGCGUGUCCUGAGAUGACCUGUUGAUGUCGGUAAAAUGGAGUAUAGCAGUGGGAGUCAUUUCCCCAUCCCCAAAAUAUUUAAAUAAAUACGAUUUGGAAUCGAUAGCUGACACCGUGGGACAACUGUCAACCUCAUCGAUACAGUUUGUGACAAUCUGUUGUUUUUAAUUCGUGGGUAAUCGCGGAAGCAGCGGAUACUGUGCGGUUGUCUGAGUGCAUGAGGUGGAUGGUGCGCUGGGGCGAGCCCAAAAUAUUUUAGCAGUGCUAUGUUAGCUUGCUAGUUUAGCUAGCUUAGCUAGUCCUGACAGGCACCCGAUUCACAGGCCUGCGGAUGGGAUGCGUAUAUUGCAAUGAAAGACGGGACUAAAAGCGAAAGAUGUGGACCUUUUCAAACUGAUUAAAGUUCGUUAUUAUAUCCGUAUACUUUUUUGACAGCUGGCAAACGCCGUGGCGCUCCUGGGUCGCGUGUUGCUGCAGUCACUGCCAUUCUCUGUCGCCCCCCGGCCCGUGCCAGUGGAGCACUCCGAGCGGGCAGACUGGCACACGGCGCGGCGGUCACCUCCGUACACAGACAGCUAUCGCCGCGGUUUGAUCUUGUAUCCUGGUCAAAACGCAACUCGCUGGAGAUACAAUUUAUAGCUAGUAACAGCUAGCUAUCACUUAAGAGACCCUGUGGUGGUGUGCGUAGCGCACCAUGGCCCAGACCCUUCAGAUGGCGAUUCCUAACUUUGGCAACAACGUCCUGGAGUGUCUGAACGAGCAGCGUCUCCAGGGGCUCUACUGCGACGUCUCCGUGGUCGUCAAGGGACACGCCUUCAAGGCUCACCGUGCCGUGCUUGCGGCCAGCAGCUCUUAUUUCCGGGACCUCUUUAGCACUGGGGGAGGCAGCGGCUCCAAGACCCCCACAGUGGUGGAACUCCCCCCGGCCGUCCAGCCCCAGAGCUUCCAGCAGAUCCUGGCCUUUUGCUACACAGGCCGCCUCAGCAUGACAGUGGGAGACCAGUUCCUCCUCAUGUACACCGCAGGCUUCCUGCAGAUCCAGCAGAUCAUGGAGAAGGGCACAGAGUUCUUCCUCAAGGUUUCCUCGCCCAGCUGUGACUCCCAGGGCCUGCAAGCCGAGGAGGCUCCGCCCUCCGAACCCCAGAGCCCCGUCACUCAAACUGUUGCCGCGGGGACUGGCAGUCGCCCCGCCUCCUGCCUUACCCCCCUCCCCCUCGUAAUGCGGGUGAAGACAGAGCAGCAGGGUAACCAAUCAGAAGCCUCGCCCUACUCGGUGGUGUGCACCCCUGUGGCCAAGCGCUUGUGGGAGGGCGGCAGCAGCCGAGACGGGGGUGGAGGGGGCUCAGGUGGAGGCGGGUCCAGGAAGGCCGCCCGCUUUUCCCAGGAGUCCGUGCGAGGGAGUGCCAUCCAGAGCUCGGGGGCUCUGGCACUGGCCAUGGGGAUGGGGGCCAGCGGGGCGGGGAUAGGAUCAGGGGUUGGGGGUCACGGCAGCGGGUCCAACGGGAGUGUGGUCUCCAUGGGCAACGUGGCAUCGGAGGGCGCCAGCCCGGGCACGAUGAGCGCCUACACCAGUGACUCGCCUAUCAGUUACCAUGACGAGGAGGAAGAGGAGGAGGUGACGGAGGAGCAGACGGAGGAGCAGUACAGGCAGAUCUGUAACAUGUACACCAUGUACAGCAUGCUCAACGUGGGCGCCGCAGCUGGUGAGCGUGUGGAGGCCCUGCCGGACCACUCAGAGACCCGGGGUCGUAUGCGGGGUCGCCAGGACCUGUCGUCUCUCCCCGCUGAGCUCAUCACACAGAUAGGCAACCGCUGCCACCCCAAACUAUACGAGGAGGGGGACCCCGCAGAGAAACUAGAGCUUGUCUCAGGUACGUGUGUGUUCAUAUCUCGAGCCCAGCUGAUGAACUGUCAUGUGAGUGCAGGGACCAGGCACAAGGUGUUGCUCAGGAGGCUGCUGGCUGCCUUCUUCGACAGGAAUACUCUGGCUAACAGCUGUGGAACAGGAAUCCGCUCCUCCACUAACGACCCCAGCCGCAAGCCCCUGGACAACAGAGUGUUGCACGCAGUCAAAUUCUACAGCCAGAACUUCGCAACGAGCUUCAAGGAGAGCGAGAUGAACGCCAUCGCGGCGGACAUGUGCACCAACGCCCGCCGCGUCGUCCGCAAGAGCUGGAUCCCCAAGCUGAAGCUGCUCAUGGCCGAGGGCGACGCGUACUCCGCCUUCCUCCCCGACGCCAAGAUGGAGGCCGACGCCCUAGGGGCGGAGCCAACCUUUGAACCCAACUCCCUGGAGGGCGCCGAGACGGGCGGCUCGUCCGGCGAGUCGCUGCAGGGGGUGGGCAGCGACGGAGGCACUUUGUUUUAGAUGGGGAGGUGGAGUACAGAAGUGUUUAGAAGACGAUGAUGAUGAUGAAUACCUAUAUUUCCCUGUACUCCUUUCUUCUCCUCUGGUGGUGUGGCCCAUCCCCCUGACCCUUUGGCCUUUUGAUCCUCCACCUCCGACAUGUGACUCUGAAACGUUGCUAGGGGAAACAGGGGUUGUUACCUGGAUGUUAACCAGGAAGUUAUGCUUUAAUUUUGAAAGCGAGAGUCCAAGCAAUCGUAACUUCCAAUAUGGUUUCUGCUGUAUAUUAGUAUGGGGGUAGAGAAAGGGUGAUGGGUUUGUGGGGAUGCAGUAUUUUUUUGUUUUAAUUUUUUUGUUUUAUUAACCAAAUUCCUGCCUCCAUAUCAAAACACAUUCCCCUGGUUUUGAAUGUAGAUGUCAGCAGCAUUGCACAAUGUCAGUCUGAAGGAUUGUAUCCCAACCUCUUGAGGAAAAACAAACCGACAGAAAGAUAACUACUCUAUGGAUAUGAGAGAGACUGUAGUUUCUCUCUAGAAUGAGAGAAAGAGAAAAGGGGAGAGAGAGGGAGCGAUAGAAAGACCCCUAACCCACCAACCCCACACCCUUCUGUGACCAGAACAAAAUGAUUAUGCCCUCAGUUUUAAUGUACUGUCUCUCUUCUUGUAGCUUUUCUGAUCACAGCUCGUUUCUCUGUUUGUAACAUACGAUGGAUCCAGAGAUGAGGACUACAGGUUGUACCAUAAUUGUAAAGAAAUCCAAGGGGAACAGAAAAAGACGGUCAUAUUUUUUUUGAAUAUGUAUUUAUACAACCGUGGGUGUGUACAGAGAGAAAGAGAGGGAUUGGUUUUAAAUCUCUGUUGUUUUAUUGUAUUUUGAACAGCUGUUUUUGCAAAGAAAGUCCUGCGCCGAAAAAUAAGAUUUAAAAGCAAAUAAAUAAAAGUGCUAUUUUUGCAUAAAAAUAUGGUAUUGAUCAAGUGGCCAGAAAAGUCUUAACGUAGGGCCUUUUGAGUUUUUUGUUUUGACAAACUAUUGAACUGAAAAAUAUCUGUUUUUAAGACAGAACUGGGCACUUUCUACCUGCGGCAAUCCAAUAUAGCUUAUUAUCUUAUUCUUGUCCUUUUUCUCUAUGGAAAUUGUCAAGGAAGCCUACCUAUGUGGCUGUUCACAACAAUGACUGACUUUGUUAUGCUUGCUAGCGAGCUAGCGACGUUACUAUGCUAGCUAAACUGCUUACUCGGAAAUCACGGCUAAAUGUAGAAAUGCACAGCUUGAAUCAACUGGUCGACUGCUGCAACUAUCGUGCUAGCUAGCUAACCCCUCUGUUGGUUAGUGACAUGCUCUGAAGCAGACUUCUGACAUCAUUACACAUCAUGAGGUGGUGAUUCAAUGACCGCAAAACAUUUUGGAAUAAUGGAAUGUGCCUUUUUUAAUCGACAUGGAUAUGCAGGGGUGGGUCCUGCUUAUGUUGAUGUUGGGAAGGAGGGAGUAGAAUGGGGUUUAAAAGGCGGCAGGUCGUUCAGCUUGAGACAGAGUUGUAACACACACACACACACACACACGUGUUCCAAAGAGAGAUGGGGUGAGGUCAGGGGGUUUGGCAUUCCGGUGGAGUAUGUUGGUGUGUUUUAAACAGUCUCAUAUAUGUGCGAGAGCAAGCAUUUGUGUUCAUUCCUUGAAUGUGACUGAAAAGUAUAUUUGUUCCUGUGCGAUUGAUGUGUGUGAGUGCGCUUUACGUGGAUGUGCGUGUGAGUGAGUGUGCUUUUACGUGUGUGUGUCCUCCACCUUGUAGUCUUUUGGAUUGGUUUAAGACUCCCUCUGCUGGGACACUUGUCUUUGUGAACGAUGACCUACACCAUCUUCCAUACACCUUUGCAAUCCAAAAGAUGUGAGACACCUUCAGAUAGAAAAGUGAUGUAUAGAGCGGACACAAUUCACUUUUCUCCAUACGGCAGAGAAGCAGGUCCACUCUAUGCAUGACAUUUCUGUCCUGAUUGCUGUUGUUUAACUCUCUCUCACGCUUGGUAAAUCCAAAAUGGACGAAGGUGGAUAUGUUAAAGGGGAGGUGAAGCACCUUUUUAAAUGGGAUGAACCCAUGUUUCCUGCACCUUUGAUAAAGGGUUUUGAUGUGUUGUGUGGAGAAUCAACCCAAGGGUCAUGCAAAGGCAUGGCCUUGUUCAAAUACUUUUAAGUGGCAUCCUUCCUCCCUUUCCUUGAUGUAAGCACUUCAGGGAAGGGACUUAAGGGUGCAUUUAGAGAGUAUAGGAACAUAGCCUGCGUCUCAGAUCUGUGGAUGUGGGAUGCACUGGGAUGACUCCUGUUGUAAAUAUUGGGACCGUUGAGCUGACUUUCUUUCUACGCUCGUCUAACGAUUUCCUAUGUAGGGUGAUUGUGUAACAGUGUGGAAGCGAUGAAAGAGGACUGUUUUUUUUAAUAUAUUUUUUAUUUUUUACUUGGUCUCGCGUGUUGUCGAGAUGUCAUGGAGACUGGUGUGUGUGUGUGAGCUCCCAGCAUGCAUUUGGCCUACAGGUCAGAGGAGGAGGAUGAUGGUUGCUUUGGUCUUAAAGUACUGGCCUAAUGUGCUACUGAGUUGGUGUGACUGAAGGGAGGGAGAUAGGUGUCAUGGCUGUAGACUGUCUCUCCAUCAGAAUGUUCAUUUUUACUAUGUUUUUUCUUCUUUGUUUUCUUGUAUUGCUAAUGUUUUCUUUUUUCUUUAAAGAAACGUGUACUGUAAAGACCUUAAAGAAAUGCUACUAAUUGAAGGUGGUGAAUGAUUUACCAACUUCUUGCUGAAGAAAACAUUGAAAAGGAAAGAAAGAUAACUGUACGAUAGUUAGACAGAGCACCGAUAGCUAGACAGAGAACUGUAUAUUUUUUUCAUUGUUUGUGAUGAGGGUUCCAUGAGAGGUUCUUCCAGGAGGGGUGAUGGGAAGACUAGGGCACUGUACUGUCUCUUGUCUAUUGGGGGGAAUGAUUUUUGGGGAGGUGGGUGGGUAGUAGUGGGUGUGUGGCGCUAUAGAGGUCUGAAUUACAAACUUUGCACCUGUUAUUGAACCUAUACACCAGGGUCUGAUUUCACCCUGCUGAACAGAUCCCAUGAUAUUAUGGACAAGGUCAGAUCCAGUCUUGUUCACCAUCCUGCUGUUCACAUGUGGUACUGGAGCCACCACCAGAUGACAGUAUUUCCCCCACAGACCAUAGUCAAUGACUGAGUUGGUUACUAAGUGAUCAAAGUUCAGUUUUGCGUGUUUUGGAGGGGGUUACUUCUCUCAGCUCUGACGCACAAGACUAAAGGAACAGAAAGGAAUGUUUGUUUGUGUGAGACAGAACAGUUCAAGCUGAUCCAUCCUCCAUCCCUACAGGUAGAUGUCCCUCUUCCCCCAACACACACAUCUCAAGAGGAUGGACAAACAAAGGCAGUGUCCAGUGUGGUGUAUAUAGGCUUGGAGAAGGACCUUUUUCACAUAUACAUAUAUAAAUAUGAAUAUAUGUAUAGAUAUAUACUGUAUAUUAUACAUAGAGGCACUAAAGUUGAAUUGUUAGUCGUGCACUCUCAGCAUGAGGUAUAUACCCACACACCGCUUAUUGAAACCAGUGCAGUAGUGUCCCCAAUGUCUCUGCCCCUGCUCCUUGCCCUCCGUGACCCUGUAGCGCCAGUGCUCAUUCUGUUCUCAUUGUUUUCCAAGUGCCAAUAACUUUGUGAAACCCCUUAACUGUGACCCAAUAUUAUUCAAGGUAAAUGCACAUUAACUACUGUAAAGAAAAAUCAUGAAGAUAAAUGUCAACAUGGAUUAAAAAAAACUAUCUUAAUAAAAGGUUUGUAACAAA